AUGAGCUCGACCGACACCGCGUCCGUGGACAACGUGAGCAUCCACCUGGAGAAGGGGUACGCCGAUGAGAAGGCGGGGUACCCGCAUGGUAGCGCCGCGCACCUUACCAAGCUGAGGGCGCUGGUCUACUCUAAAGACGCCACCGAUGCUGAGUUAUUACACAAUAAUCCGGGUGUUGACCGAGUAAUUUCGCAAUUGGAGGAGGACGCCGGCCAGUUGGGCCCGUUGGAAAACCCUUACGACGUCCACAAGGUCGAAACCCACCCGGACCCGAACUCGGACUUCAACGAGCACGACCCCUGGAAGUACCCCAUCGACGCCGAAACGGGGUUGAGAAUUGUCGACUGGGUCGAGAACGAUCCGGAGAACCCGAAAAACACCUCCAACGCCAAGCGGUGGCUCUACACGAUGGUGUUGGGGCUUACGUGUUUCGUCGUCGCCCUUGGUUCCGCCAUCGUCACCGGUGAUUUAGAGCGCCCCGCCGCCUACUUUGGCGUAUCCGAAGAAGUGAUCAUCUUGGCGUCGGUGACGAUGUUUGUCCUUGGUUUCGGCUUUGGCCCCUUGGUUUUCGCCCCCAUCUCUGAGGAAGUGGGCAGAAAACCCGUGUAUGUCGCGACUUUGGGGGUGGCCCUCGUGUUUAUUGUCCCCUGUGGGGUUGCGAAAAACAUCGGCACCAUGAUCAUUUGUCGUCUUCUCGAUGGGCUUGCGUUCUCGGCUCCCAUGUGUCUUAUUGGCGGGUCGUUGGCCGACGUGUGGGACGGCCCCCAGAGAGGAGUGGCCAUGGCCAUCUUCUCCGCCGCCCCGUUUUUGGGUCCCGUGUGCGGUCCCAUCUUUGGUGGUUUGCUUGCCGACCACGCCCCCACCUGGAGAUGGAUCUACUGGACGUUUUUGAUCGUCGCCGGCUUCGCCUAUAUCAUCUUGGUGUUGGUGGUCCCCGAGACCCACUCGCCGACAUUGCUCAAACGCCGCGCCAAAAAGCUUAGAGUGGCCACGGGAGACAACAGAUACAAGACCUACGCCGAAUUGAAGCCCCUUUCGUUUAAGGAGACCGCCAAGGUGUCGCUUUUGCGCCCGUUCUUGCUCCUCUUCGAGUUGAUCGUGUUCUUGAUGACGAUGUACAUGCUGGUCCUCUACGGGUUGCUCUACAUGUUCUUCUUUGCCUACCCCUUGGUGUACAUGGAAGGCAAGGGCUGGAGUGCGUCGAAGACGGGGAUCAUGUUUAUCCCUAUUGGCGUGGGUGUGAUCAUCGCCACCGCCAUCGCCCCCAUCUUCAACGCCCAGUACAACCGCAAGGCCCAGGUGUACCGUGACAAAGGGGAAUUGCCUCCCCCCGAGCUCCGGUUGAUCCCCAUGAUGUACUCGUGCUUUUUUGUGCCCGUCGGGUUGUUCCCAUUCGCGUGGCUGUCGUACCCGCACGUGCUGUGGGCGGGGCCGUGUUUCUCGGGGUUGGCGUGUGGCUUUGGCUUCUGUGGGUUGUACAACCCGGCCAACAACUACAUCGUCGACUCGUACCAGCACUACGCGGCGUCGGCGUUGGCGGCGAAGACGUUCGUGCGGCUGGUGUGGGGGGCGUGUGUCCCCUUGUUCACCAUCCAGAUGUACCACAGGUUGGGGUACGAGUGGGCGACGUCGUUGAUGGGGUUCAUCUCCCUCGCGUGCUGCCUCAUCCCCUUCUUGUUCUUCAUCUACGGGGCCAAGAUCAGAAAGUUCUCCAAGUACGCCUACUCCCCGGAAAUGCAUUAG